AUGAAGAUGAAGAAAGGAUGGAAGUACAUCCGGGAGGAGAACUUGAACCGAGUGAGAAGGAAGAACAAGAAGCCGGAGGAGGUGGAGCAAGGAGAUUUGACUGAAGAAGAGCUGAAGGCAAUCAUGGAGAACCUCACUACAGGUGCAGUCCUGAAGGACAAGUUGACGAACAUCGCGAGCGACCUCAUGAGCAAGGACGGCCACUUGAAGGCCAACAGCUGCGCCACAUGCAACUUUGCACAUUGUCCGGAGGUUGACCAUACGGUGCAAAACUUGGGCAAGACCAAGCCAUCCGAGGACGCGCCCAUCACCUUCAAGGUGGUGCACCGUGGCGGCGCAUUGGUUCGAAGCGGUUUCGAGACUACAUCGUCUCAGGUGCAUCAGCUGUCUGAAGGGGAAAUCGCAACAGUUGUGGAACAGGCUGGUCGCCGUGUCCGCAUUAUCUCUCCCGUUGAGGGCUGGGUUUCCGUGGAGACGAAGGACGGAGUCACCAUCAUGAGGCCAACGACGCUUCAGCGCAGAGGCUACAAGCAGGAAGCCUUUGAGAGCCACUUCGAGAGCAAAUUCGAACGUCUCAAGGCUAAGCAGCGGCAAGGUGGUGGCUAUGAAGAUGAUCCGCGCAGGGAUGCCUGGGCCUGGAUUAAUUCGAAGGCUUCGCGGGCGUUUGAUUCCUUCAGUUCAUGUGGUUGGAUAAUCCACUGUUUCGUGCAAACGCGUGCGAUUUGGGUAGCCUACCCAGUCGGUGGAUAG